AUGCAUUUUAAUAUAUUCCUCCAUUGUCUUUGUUUUCAUCAUAGGGAUGUGGACAACAAUCAGACCACAGUGACAGACUUCAUUCUGCUGGGAUUUCUUGUUAGCCCUAAGAUGCACCUAGUUCUCUUUGGGCUCUUCUUCCUACUCUACAUCUUCACUCUGCUGGGAAAUGGAGUCAUCCUGGGGCUGAUUUGUCUUAACUCCCGACUCCACACUCCCAUGUACUUCUUCCUUUCACAACUGGCUCUUGUUGACAUCUCUUAUGCUUCAAGCACGGUCCCCCAGAUGCUGGCAAAUCUCCUGGAUCCAGCCAAGCCUACCUCCUUUGCAGGUUGCAUAAUGCAGACUUAUCUCUUUUUGAUGUUUGCCCUCACAGAAUGCCUUCUGCUGCUAAUGAUGAGCUAUGACCGGUAUGUGGCAAUCUGUCAUCCACUCAGAUAUACUCUCAUUAUGAGCUGGAGAGUGUGUAUUGCACUUGCUAUCACAUCCUGGGCAUGUGAAUUCUUUCUAGCCUUGGUCCAUGUGCUUCUCCUCCUCAGGCUGCCCUUCUGUGGGCCUCCGGAAAUCAAUCACUUCUUCUGUGAAAUCCUAUCUGUACUGAAACUUACCUGUGCAGACAUGUGGCUCAACAAAAUGGUCAUCUUUGCUGCCUGUGUGUUUAUCUUGGUUGGACCCCUCUGCUUCAUCCUAAUCUCCUACACUCGUAUCCUCAAUGCUAUCUUGAGAAUCCACUCAGGGGAAGGCCGAAAAAAAGCCUUCUCCACCUGCUCGUCACACCUGUGUGUGGUUGGGCUUUUCUUUGGUAGUGCCACCAUCGCUUACAUGGCCCCUAACUCAAGGAACUCUGAGGAGCAACAGAAAAUUCUUUCCUUGUUCUACAGCUUCUUUAAUCCUACUCUAAAUCCUUUGAUCUAUAGCCUGAGAAAUGCAGCAGUAAAGGGGGCCCUAAGGAGAUUGCCCAUUUAA